AUGUCGCUCCAAGGCAAAGUCAUCGUUAUAACAGGAGCGGCCUCUGGAAUAGGCUUAGCGACAGCGCGACACUUUGCGAGCAAAGGUGCCAAACUCUCCCUUGCCGAUAUCCAGGAAAAGCCAUUGAAAGACCUGGAGGCCGAGCUCACACAGUCCGGCGCUGAAGUUAUGACCCAAGUCGUUGACGUAACCAAGCGUGCCGAGGUUGAUAGAUGGACUGCUGCAACCAUCGAGAGAUUCGGCAAGCUGGAUGGUGCAGCAAACGUUGCGGGCGUCUAUGGCAAGGGUCCGACCCCUUUCGAGGCUACAACAGACGAGGAAUGGGAUUUCAUCUUUGGUAUCAACGUAUUUGGAGUGCGGAACUGCCUACAAGCACAAAUUCCGCGCAUGAAAGACGGAGCGUCGAUUGCCAACGUAGCGAGUAUUGCAGGCUUGAGAGGCGUACCGAAUAGCUCCGUGUAUGGAGCUUCCAAGCAUGCUGUUGUCGGCAUUUCCAAAACCCUUGCCAAGGAAUUGGCACCAAGGAACAUUAGAGUCAACUGUAUUUGCCCUGGACCGAUUCACACACCAAUGAUGCAACGUGUUGACGAAAUGGGAGGAGGUACUUCAGCAGGUACUUUAGCGGGCAAAGCACCUGUUCCACUUCAGCGAAGGGGAGAAGCAAGAGAGAUAGCACCACUUUUAGAGUAUCUCCUCUCGGAUGCGUCGUCCUACACGACUGGCGCUAUGAUUCCCAUUGAUGGGGGCUCCACUUGCUAG